GUUUGUCAGCGCAUCUCAGUCAGCAAGCGGAUGGGAGGAGAGGAGGAGGAAGAAGAGGAUAGAUGCUUCACUGGAGUAGGCAGGGGAGGAAGAAAGAGGGCGAGCCCACGCUUCUGGACUCUGUCGUGGACGUCGGCGCCGACGGAGGAGGAGGGGGAUGAUGAUUGCAUAGCCAGCAUCACCAACAAAGUGUCCUUACCAUCCACACUGAAGACGGAGGUGGAGACAAAACUAUGAACGACGAUGAUUUCUGCUAAGAAAACUCCGGAGAAGAGUCGCUAUCCUGUGCACUAUUUGGUGUGGCACAACAAGCACCGACAGCUGGAGAAAGAGCUGGCAGCCAACGAGCAGACUGAUGUAGAGUCUCUGGACCCUCGUGGUAGGACUCCUCUGCACCUUGCUGUCACACUGGGCCACCUGGACUGUGCCAGAGUCCUGUUAGAGCAUGGAGCGGAUGUCAGCAAGGAGAACCGCAACGGCUGGACUGUUCUUCAGGAGGCCGUCAGUACCAGAGAUCCGGAGCUGGUGCGUCUGGUGCUGCGUUACCGUGACUACCAGAGGACUGCCAAGAGACUAGCGGGCAUCCCCGUCCUGUUGGAACGACUGCGCCAAGCCCAGGACUUCUAUGUGGAGAUGAAAUGGGAGUUUACCAGCUGGGUGCCCCUCGUGUCUCGCAUCUGCCCCAGCGACACCUACAGGGUUUGGAAGAGUGGACAGUGUCUCCGCGUUGACACUACCCUGACCGGAUUUGAGCAGAUGACCUGGCAGAGAGGAAACCGGAGCUUCAUUUUCAGGGGACAAGACUCCAACGCAGAGGUGAUGGAGGUCGACCAUGACAGGCAGCUGGUGUUCUGUGAGACCUUGUGCGUCUCGUCCCUCACAGCGCUUUCACCUGGCUGGGGGAAAAGCGGUGCCUGCAGCAGUACAGCUGCCGGUCUGGGGCUACUGGGGGGAGUCCAGCCCAGCGAUGAGCAGGUGGCGGGAAGACUGUCUGCCCCGGUGGUGACCACUCAGCUGGACACUCGCAACGUCGCUUUUGAGAGGAAUAAGACAGGGAUACUGGGCUGGAGGAGCGAGAAGACUGAGACGGUGAAUGGAUAUGAAGCCAAGGUGUAUGCUGCCUCAAAUGUAGAGCUUAUCACCAGGACCAGAACAGACCAUUUGUCAGACCAGAACAAGAACAAGAUUAAGGGUGGGAAGACUCCCCUGCAGAACUUCCUCGGCAUUGCAGAGCAACACGUGGGCCUGAACAAUGGGGCCCUUGUCACCCAGAUGUCAAGUCCUGCAGUGACCAACCCAUCAGCACUGACAGCUGAAGAAUACUUCAACCCCGGCCCAUCACCAACUCUGAGGGACAUUGGCCACCCGUGCCAACUCACCACUAAGACCCAGAGAUUCAAGGCAAAGCUGUGGCUGUGCGAGUCCCAUCCUCUCUCGCUGGCAGAGCAAGUGGCGCCCAUCAUCGACCUCAUGGCGAUUUCCAACGCUCUUUUUGCCAAACUGCGUGACUUCAUCACACUCCGCUUGCCGCCCGGCUUCCCCGUCAAGAUUGAGAUCCCUCUGUACCACAUUCUCAACGCCAGAAUAACCUUCAGCAACCUGAACGGCUGUGAGGAGGGGGCGAGCGUACGCCCCGACAACGAAGCCGGGGUGGAAGGGGACGGACAGAGGUACACCCUGAGGACAGACACCCCCUCUCCUGGAAGUGACUCCUCCAGUGUCUCCAGCUCCAGUUCCACCAUGUCGUGUCGAGUCGGAGAGAUCCCCCCCUGUGUGUUUGAGCCCCCGCCUGGAUACACCAUGCUUGGAGGCAAACAGAGAGACAGCAUGAGGGAGGAGGAAGAGGACCUGCUGCAGUUCGCCAUUCAACAGAGUCUGCUCGAAGCCGGCUCGGAAUACGAUCAGGUGACCAUCUGGGAGGCACUGACCAAUAGCAAGCCAGGAACACAUGCCUUGUCAUGUGACCCAAGCCGCCUGGAGAGGAUCCCCCAGCUGAAGCCUCGCUCCCCCUCCAGCCUCUCCUCCACGCCCUCCAAGAAGCAGGCCACCCCCUGCAGCUACGACGAGCAGCUGCGCAUCGCCAUGGAGAUGUCGGCUCGCGAGCAGGAAGAGGCGGAGCUUCGGCGGCAGAAAGAGGAGGAGGAGCUGCAGCACAUCAUCCGGCUGUCCCUCAUGGAGAAGUGAGCAGACAUGAGGGGGUGGGCUGGAAGCCCUUGCAAGCACACUGUAAAGGAAUAUUUGCCGUGCUUUCAUUCCCUGCCAUGCGGUGAUGAUGAUGAUGGUAACACCUUCCUUCAUGGUGUUGCUGAACAACGUUUUUCUGUGUGUUGAAGGGGGGGUUCAAACCAGCUCUGUACAGGGGGUUAACAGUCGCCCCAUUUGCCACUCAAGCUGUGGCUUUUACUCUCCAGUGUGAUUUAAAAUACACACCACCGACAAAAGUGUCCAGAUGCACUUCUUCACCAAUGAACGCAUCAACCAGGUGUUUAUUUCCCCCUCAGUCUUCAUUUGCAAUCUUUGUUUCAUGUAUAAGGCCCAUAAAGACAUGUUUGGAUCAGUUUGGUGAGGAAGAACAUGCAAAAACAAGCGCAUCAAACACCUUUGGGAUGAACGAGAACAAGUCCAAUCUCAGUGUUACACCUGAGACUUCCUGUAUUGAUGCAGUGACGGCAUGGAAAUCAUACUUUUGCCUCCAAUAGCGUAAAUCUGCUGAUGGAAGAGACAUGUGAAUGUUUAAACCCUUCACCCAUAAUGAUGUUUGUAAUAAUAAUAAUAAUAAUAAUAACAAUAAUAAUAAUAAUGAACUU